AUACAUUUAACAAAAAUAAUAAAAUUAGUACAAGGUUAUUGCGAUCGCUGAAAAUGGCGAUGCCCAGCUAUGUCCCCUCAGAUCAGGCAAGUCGGAGAGAGAUCGUUCAGACCCAAACUAUGGAAAACGCAUCUCACAUCAACAACAACAACAAGACUUCCUCUCUCCGGUGGACCCUCCUCCGUCAAGCCCUUCUCCGUCGUACUCCUCCCCAACCCUCUGCAGCUGAGGGGCAAUCUGAGAGUACUAUAAAGAGAAUUUCUAGGAAGGCCAUGCAUGGAUUCAACCUGAUACCAUAUCAGUUGGUGAAUAACGAUUCCGAUGCCAUCUUGAAUCGUCAGAACAACUCCAGGGAUGCUACUUUAUGUUACACUUUACCCAUUGAUGGCGCUCCCAAGCUUUUCUUGACCCAAAGAGUGAACAACGUUGCUGACAUCAGUGAUCUUGAGUUUUGUAAUAAACACGACAUCGAUAAUACUGGCCUUGUAUGUCAGUGGCCAUCAGAAGAUGUUCUUGCAUACUUUUGCUUGUCUCACGCUGACUUGUUCAGGUCCAAAAGAGUUAUUGAACUUGGAUCAGGCUAUGGUUUGGCUGGUUUAGUUAUUGCAGCAGUUACCGAGGCUUCAGAAAUCAUAAUCACAGAUGGAAAUCCUCAAGUUGUUAAUUAUAUUGAGCAUAAUAUUGAUGCCAAUUCUAGAGCAUUUGGUGCUACGAAAGUGAAGUCCAUGGCGUUGCACUGGAAUCAGGAUGAAAUUUCAAAUAUUUCUUACUCUUUCGAUCUCAUUGUUGCAAGUGACUGUACAUUCUUCAAGGAAUGCCACAAAGGGCUUGCUCAAGUGGUCAAAAACUUGUUGAGAAAAGUGGGACCGUGUGAAGCCAUAUUUUUCAGCCCAAAAAGAGGUGAUUCAUUGGACAAGUUCCUAGAUGAAAUUAAAGAAAAUGGCUUGCAUUUCAGCAUAACAGAGGACUAUGACGCAGAAAUUUGGAAGCGUCAUCAGAGCUUUAUGAACGAAGAUCACGACACCUGGCCCAGCUAUGAAAAGGAUCACUGCUACCCAUUACUGGUCAGAAUCACACCAUGAACUUUUGGUUACUAGUUUCUUAUUGUAUUUCCCUGCACAUAAUUUGAUAUUCUUUGAGUUAAGUAAUGCCAUUGUGGGAAAAUUAUAUGCCAUCCUGCCCCAUUGAAUAGCAUGCAUUAUUGAGUGUACUUGUAAUUUUUACUAGAGAAAUCUACGUACAGGAACUUCAUUGUACAGACUCCAUUCUUGUCCUUGUGUUUGGUGGAUCCCAUACUUUAAAAUGCACUGCACUAUCGUCCAAGUCUAGUAAUGUAAGUAAGUAGGGUCCUGGUCACUAUAUGGACUUGGUUUUACCAAAUUAAUUAAAUGAAAAGAAUGAAUGGGUUGAUUGUUU